AGCUGUUUAAUACAAUCAACAACAAUUUGUUUAAAUUGAUUUAUUUGUGCCAGUGUCGUUUAAUUUUGCAAUAACAAAGUUAAGCCGUUGUUGUUGUAAUUGGUUAUUUGAAUUUUCGGAAAAAAUUUCCACAAUACGUCAGCAUAAAAUACAACAUCCUGCCGCCGCACUGCCAAAUAAGCAUCGUUGGAACCAAACCUCGUGAUAUCUCAAAAGACGCACAUGGGCGUCUGCACCGAAGAGCGCCCUGUGAUGCAUUGGCAGCAGAGCGCAAGAUUUCUUGGGCCAGGUGCAAGGGAAAAAAGUCCAACACCACCUGUAGCACAUCAAGGGAGCGCACAUUGUGGCAGUGCUGCAGGUGCAAAUAGCAGUAGUAAUAGUAAUCAUAGUAAUCAAUUUUUAUUUCGAUCCUGCUCAACGUGUCCCGAUAUCUGUGAGCACAGUACAAAACCAUUUGGUGCAGCGGCGGCAGCAUAUAGUGUGGCAUUUAGAAGUUCUUGCAAUUUUAGUUAUGAAACUGCGGAACAGGCAACAUUUGAUGAAUCUUCCAUAAAAUAUGCCAUCAAUCGUAAUCAAACCGAGUGUCCGGAUGGUGAUAAUGAUGAAACAAAUUCGGGUAUAUCAUUUAAAACGGAACCAUAUGGACCGCCCAGUAGUCCAGAAUCUGCGACUGAAACAAAACCAAAUUGUAGUCCACCCUGUGCGGGUUGUGGGCGUUUAAUACAGGAUCGUUUCUACCUCUCUGCUGUGGAUAAACGGUGGCACGCUAGCUGUCUUCAAUGUUAUGCAUGUCGACAACCCCUCGACCGGGAAUCAUCAUGUUAUUCGCGCGACGGUAAUAUUUACUGCAAAAGCGAUUAUUAUAGUGUUUUUGGUACUCGCAGAUGUUCCCGUUGUUUAGCCUCAAUAGGAUCUAGCGAACUGGUGAUGAGAGCGCGAAGUUUAGUAUUUCAUGUGACCUGUUUUUGUUGUGUCGUUUGUCAGACACCAUUAACAAAAGGCGAUCAAUACGGCAUUAUUGAUGCUCUCAUUUACUGCAGAACCCAUUAUACUAUGGCUCGUGAAGGUGAUACAGCAUCGACCAGUUUGGGCUCGGCAGUGGUGCCUGGUGUUGGUGGCGCCAGUUCAUAUCCGUAUUCAAGUCAAUUUGGUUCACCUCCGAACGAUUCAUCGAGUCCACAUUCGGAUCCAACACGUAUUGUUCCUAGUAGUAUAUUUGCAUCUGCCUCUCAUGUUAUGACCGGUCUUCCACAACCACCACGGCAAAAAGGGCGACCACGCAAAAGGAAACCCAAAGAAAUCGAAGCCCUCACUGCCAACAUAGGUAUGAAAUAUUUAAAUACUGAAUACCUUGACUUUGGACGAGGUUCCCAUAUGAGUGCAUCGUCGCGAACAAAACGCAUGCGCACCUCGUUUAAGCAUCAUCAGUUGCGUACCAUGAAAUCGUAUUUUGCCAUUAAUCACAAUCCCGAUGCAAAAGAUCUUAAACAAUUAUCACAAAAGACAGGCUUACCAAAGAGAGUAUUACAGGUGUGGUUCCAAAAUGCUCGUGCUAAAUGGCGUCGCAUGAUGAUGAAACAAGAUGGUUCCGGCAUGUUGGAUAAGGGUGAUGGCACCUUAGAUUUAGACAGUAUAUCAGUACACAGCCCCACCUCCUUUAUGAUGGGUGGUCCCAACAGUCCACCAACCCAUAAUAUGGAUUAGUAGUUAUUCUUCGGUGACAUUAACAUGCCACACGAAAAUAAUUGCGAAUUAUAGUAACAACCACAACCACACUCGAUUGCAGAACUAACAUCAUCAACUCUCUCUUAAUCGCACACUCUC